UUAAUGGCAUUUAUAUUUGUAUAUAUUACAUAUUUAAUGUGAUCUACAUGGGAACGUCACAUAGCCUUUAUAUGUUCGAAGAAUAACUCGCAUUCGUCACUAAUUAGCUUGAAGUCGGAAAUGCCGACGCAGAUCUUUGGCUUACAACCUGUUUUCUAUUGUUUGGGGCUUGGCAAAAAAUAAAAACAAAAAGAACCACACAAAGAACACCGAUCGGAUCGUAAGAUCUCCUCUCCGCCAGCUGCCUGGAAUCCCGGGACUUCCCUCUGCAAGCUCGCGAAAGCUUGGCGCACACGCUGGCAAUAAUAAAUCCGCGUCUGAUAAGCCAAGUGGAGAGCAGUUCCCCGCUGGCACCAGAUCUCUGCGCAUCAUGUUUUCCGCUUCUCGCUGGCCUGCCCAGCUUCUGGCUGCGGUUUGCCUCCUCGUGAUGGUUACAGCGGUUUCAGUGGCCGCGGGCAAGGCAUCGCGGCACCGCCCAACAUCGACGGAUGACUGCCCGGUGAUCAAACUGAAGCGUCAGUGGGGCGGUAAGCCAUCACAGGGCCUCCACUACCAGAUCCGUCCCAUUCGCUAUGUGGUCAUCCAUCACACGGUCACGGGCGAGUGCAGUGGGCUCCUCCAGUGUGCCGAGAUCUUGCAGAAUAUGCAGAACUAUCAUCAAACGGAGCUGGAUUAUGAAGAUAUCAGUUACAACUUCCUAAUUGGCAAUGAUGGCAUCGUUUACGAGGGCACGGGCUGGGGUCUGCGUGGAGCCCACACCUAUGGCUACAAUGCAAACGGCACGGGCAUAGCGUUUAUUGGCAAUUACGUUGACAAACUUCCAACGGCAGCUGCGCUGCAAUCGGCCAAAAGCCUACUGCGCUGCGGCGUUCGCCAGGGAGAGCUGAGCGAGGAUUACGCUCUGAUUGCAGCCUCUCAGGUGAUUAGUACCCAGAGUCCAGGUCUGACGCUGUAUAAUGAGAUCCAGGAGUGGCCGCAUUGGCUUUCAAAUCCUUAAAUAAAACAUUAUUUUUAUGUAUUUGGUACAUACAUGUA